AGUGUAUAAAUAUUUGUUAAGUACAUAUAUAUAUGUGCCUUGAUUUCGGUUAAACAAAAUGCCUCGUCGAGUACUUGAACGCUACGGAUUUGAGCCAGCCAAGCAGUCAUGCCUGCGCAAGUCAAAAUUGGAUCCCAAAGGUAAAUGUGGCGUUGCCAUCAAGCAACAGCCGAGGGAGCAACCUGUUGAGGCGAAGAACCCACUGCAGUUCCUCGAGCGACAGAGCGAUGCGGAACUCGUCGUGCAUUGGACUCGCGCUGGCGGAAGAACUCUUUCACCCAUCAAAUUGUUGCCCCCUUGGUAGUAGUGUGUGACGUGCCAAAAUUAACGACUUUUCGGGUGCUCGCAGAGAUGUGUGACAAAUCAAUAAAAUGGAAUAAAACUGUUUCGCUAAAAUAGACAUUUUGAUACUAGAUCACGACAUGUGAAAAAAUAUAUAUUUUUAUACCAGAA